AUGUCUACUGAGGGCAAAGUCAUUCGCUGCAAAGCCGCUGUUUGUUGGGGGGCAGGCGAACCAUUGAAGAUCGAAGAGGUCGAUGUUGCGCCCCCACGAGCCCAUGAAGUCAGGAUCCACAUUCUGCACACAGGAACGUACUGUUCCUCUCUUCCUUUCAAUGUCAACUCAUGCGUAACUCCAGGCAUCUGCCACACCGACGAGUAUACUCGCAGCGGCAAAGACCCCGAGGGUCUUUUCCCUGUUAUUCUGGGACACGAAGGUGGCGGAAUUGUCGAGUCCGUUGGUGAGGGUGUUACGAGUGUCAAGGUUGGAGACCAUGUAAUUCCUCUCUACACGGCGGAAUGUCGUGAAUGCAAGUUCUGCAAGAGCGGGAAAACCAAUCUCUGCGGCAAAGGCAAGUUGACAAAUCACAACUGCGUUAUUUGGCCCAUGAUUUGUCAGUCCGAGCAACACAAGGGAAAGGUCUCAUGCCCGACAACACAAGUCGCUUCAGCAUCAACGGACAACCAAUCCACCACUUCGUUCAUGGGAACGUCAACCUUCUCACAGUAUACUGUGGUUGCCGAUGUCUCUGUUGUCGCUGUUGAUAAAGAGGCGCCGCUCCAGAAAGUAUGCCUUUUGGGAUGCGGUAUCACCACUGCCUGGGGCGCCGUCGUCAAACAACCGGGAAUCAAGGACUCGUCUGUUGCCGUAUUCGGAUGUGGUGCUAUCGGCCUGGGUGUUGUCACUACUUCAGCUCUUGUUGGUGCCAGCCGCAUCAUCGCAAUCGACACCAACCCAAAGAAAGAAGCAUGGGCUAAGAAAUUUGGCGCCACCGAAUUCGUAAACCCGUCUGAACUCAAAGAGGGAACCAAAAUCCAGGACUACCUCGUCGAGAUCACCGACGGUGGUCUUGAUUACACCUUUGAUUGUACUGGCAAUGCAAUAUUUCUCAUUCCCUUUCAGACUCACGUCAUGCGUGCCGCUCUCGAGGCAUGCCACAAAGGAUGGGGCGUGUCGACUGUUAUCGGUGUUGCUGCUGCUGGCCAAGAAAUCUCCACUCGGCCUUUCCAACUCGUAACUGGCCGUACAUGGCGAGGAUCGGCAUUUGGUGGGGUCAAGGGAAGAACUGAAAUUCCCGGUCUCGUUGAAGACUAUCUUGGUGGAAAGGUUAAAAUCGAUGAAUAUGUCACCCACCACCGCGUACUGGCGGAAAUCAACGACGGGUUCCAUGAUAUGCACCAAGGAGAAUGCAUUCGUUGUGUUGUUGAUAUGGCUUGA